AUGGGUGUUCAUGUUGAUGAAAACUUAGCAACAAGAACUCAAGGUGUGUACACGUUUCGUGCACAAGGAGACAUAUAUCAUAAGAUUGGGAGUCUCUUACCAAAUUCUAGCGACGGACCGAGAUAUUUGCAACUGUAUGUUUAUGACACUGACCACGAGAAUGAGAAUCGAAUGUCUGAAAAUGAAGAAUUGCACUUGGAUUUGCUUGACAAGAUAAAGAAUAUUUUAAAUACUCAUAAUCCAUUUGUACACACGUUCCGCCAAUUGGCUCAGCGUCCAGACAUACAUGAAUGCAGACUUCAAAUCAAAGAGCAACCACGUAAUAGGCCCCAAUACAGCCUUCAUACUGCUCCUGAAGUUGCUGCAGUUUUAGUAGGUGGCGAAGAAGCUGGAAAUUUAAAACCAAGAGAUAUCAUUGUCCAAUCAACCAGUGGUCACCUCCUAAAUAUUUAUGAUAUUGUCAGAUACUAUGAUCCAUUACAGUAUCCUCUGUUGUUACCCUACGGUUCAUAUGGAUGGGAUGUAAAUACCAAAAGCAAUGAUGGCAGAAAAGUAACAUGUUGUGAUUUCUAUUCUUAUAUGCUACAGAUUCGCCCUGGUGAUCAAUCUCUUUUUCUUCGAGGAGGUCGUCUCUUACAGCAGUAUGUUGUAGAUAAUUACGUGAAGAUUGAGUCCAACAAAUUAAGAUGGAUACGUACUCAUCAGAAUCACAUUCGAGUAGAUUUUUAUCAAGGUCUUCUAGAUGCAAUACAUGCUGGUGAAAAUUCUGGAGGUAAUGUUGGUCGUAGAACAAUAUUGCCAUUGUCAUUUGUUGGUAGCCCACGAGACAUGUAUCAGCGAUAUCAAGAUGCAAUGGCUCUGGUCCAAAAGUAUGGAAAACCUGAUCUUUUCCUUACGAUGACCUGCAAUCCAAAUUGGCCUGAAAUUAAAGCUGAGUUGCUACCUAGCCAGUCACCACAUGAUCGUCCUGAUUUGCUAACAAGAAUAUUUCAUUCAAAAUUUGAUGAGAUGAAGACCGACAUUCUUACAAAACAUGUGCUCGGGAAGGUUCUCGCAUAUGCAUAUGUUAUUGAGUACCAGAAAAGAGGCUUACCACAUGCCCACAUGGUCAUUAUUUUGGAUGAAAAUGAUAAGUUACGCACUCCUGAUGAUUAUGAUAACAUUGUCAGAGCUGAAAUUCCAGACAAGAGAUUAGAGCCUAGAUUAUACAGUGCAGUUCUGAAACACAUGAUACAUGGCCCAUGUGGAAUGUACAAUGAACGGUCCCCGUGUAUGACAAAUGGUCGGUGCAAAAGACGUUUCCCAAAGCCAUUUUCUUCAAUUACUACACUUGGAAACGAUUCACAUCCUAUUUAUCGAAGAAGAGAAGGGGAGUCAGUUCCUGUAGAGAGUAAUCCAAGCAUCUUGGUGGAUAAUAGUUGGGUCAUUCCAUACAACCCAUGGUUGCUCUUGAAAUAUGAUUGUCAUAUCAAUCUUGAAAUUUGUAGUAGUGUUACAAGUGUGAAGUAUUUAUACAAAUAUGUUUAUAAAGGGCCUGACCGUGUUGCACUAGAAGUUCGUCAAGGUCCUAAUUAUGACGAAGUAGAAUAG